AUGAAAAAUGGAAAAUCUAUUGGAGACGACGGGAUUAGCACAGAAAUGGUGAAAUAUCGCCCUCCGCCUGGGAUUCGUGAAGUGACAAAGAUCAUCCGUUCAAUAUGGAUGAACGAAAGGAUACCUGACUCGUGGAGAUACGCGAUCAUAAUUCUCCUCCACAAGAAGUUAUCCGUCACGGACCCUAGGUAUUAUCGAGGAAUUUCCUUGUUGCAUGUUAUGUACAAGGUUCUGGAGCGGAUUAUCAUAGACCGACUUACUAAGCAUCGCGAAGAAAUAACGCGCGACGAGCAAGCUAGCUUUCGUCCUGGCCGAUCUACAAUCGACCAGGUGUUCAUCGUUAGGAGAGUGGUCGAAAUCUGGCAGCGGUACUCGAAGCCAUUGCAGCUUUUUGGACAUUGA